AUGAAGAUGCACCAUUACCUGCGACAAUGGGGGAUCAAUGUCAAGAAGCAUAACAAGUUUAUCCAGAAUACUGUCCAGCGGAUGCUCAAGUACACUUACACUACAAUGAGAAAUAAGGCAACCAAUAGAGUAGCAAAGGCCAGCGGAGGACGAUGCGAAGUCUCUGAAGUCCAAGUAAUCUGGCUGGGAACGCAUGCCUUCUUUACUGUGUUCUCCCGGAAACCGCAUGCAUAUCCUCAGCUUGUGGCCUGGCUUCAGUUCCAGCUAUCUCUGCCGCGCAACCAGCGGUUAAAGAAACAGUUCAAUGGUAUAGUGAAAGACGGCUUGCAGACUUUGACUCUACUUUCCUUCUAG